UCACCAUGCAGUUUUUUCUACAAGCUAGGGAAGAACGCUGCCCUUCAAGCCGCCGACUGCGGAGAGCAAUUCUUCGUACGUUCCGUUCUUUUUCCUCUCUGCCUCUGAGUCCCAAUUGCUUCCACCGAACCGAUAACUUUAGUCUGUGAACCAUUCUUCCUCUGAAGCAGCGUUCAUCUCUGAGAGAAGCAAUCCUCUGCCGGCGUAUUCUCAUCACGGUGUAGAACCAAGCUGCAUUUUCCUUUCUAUCCUCCUUCUCACACCCGAUUCUAACUCUUACCGCGGUUAACAAGCGACUACACUUCUUCUCUCCACCCUACUUCUCGCACAUGAAUGUGGUUUGCGAUAAUUCCGGCUCUCUAUGGCGACAUUCAUAGGUUUUGAACUAAGAAACCAUUCAGUGAUUGCCAAUGUACAUCUUUAGUCUUUCAAUUGAAAGUUCCUUUCCCUUCUUUCUCUUCUGUCUGUAUGUAAUCUUUAGUUUUUUGCUGAUUUCAUAGCCAGAGUUCAUUGAGAUCUAAAGCUUGCAGAAACUCUGCUCCCAUGAAACUUCAACAAGGAGCCACCAACCCCCCUUUUUGCAGCAACCAUGAGCAGAAAUAGCAUACAUUCGCCCAAUUUCCAUACCAUCUAUCAGUGUGUUUCCAAAUCCCAACUCAGUGGGGAAGAGUUCGUAUCAAAAUUGCUUGAUCGAAGAUGGGCAUUGGUCAGUCCUGCAGCUGAAAUUCACCAAAUAAUGCUCUCUGAUAUGAAAGGGAAAGUUAGAGGUGAACCACUUCGUAACCUUUCCUUCUUCAACAAUAUUCGUCCAAGCCUUGGUAAUAACUUGAUAGGCCCCAAUCAAGAUCCUUUUUUCUAUAUUCUGAGGGAUGAUUUACUGCAUCCACUUGUGAACGGCAACAAAGCAAGAAAACUGGAUGCAUUGCUACCACUUAUGGAAGACCACUCAGUAACUGAUGUGGUUACAUGUGGAGGUUGUCAAAGUGCACAUGCAGCAUCUGUUGCUGUUUCAUGUGCAGAGAGAGGAUUAAGGUCACAUUUGUUACUACGUGGUGAACAGCCAGAAAUUCUUACUGGCUAUAAUUUGGUUUCAACAAUGUAUGGGAAUGUCAUAUAUGUUCCAAGAUCUGUCUAUUCCCACAGAGAAAAAAUGCUAAAGAGCCAUGCUGAAAUGAUUGCUGGGGAUAAUGGUAAUGUCUUGUGGUGCAAUGACGUCCUUGAGGCUUCUUUUACUUCUCAGAAAUCUGGGACUUCAAACUUUGCAUAUAUGGAUGCUUAUACUGUUUCUAGCAACUGUCAAAGAAAGGUUGUUAUUGUUAAUGAAGGAGCAGGGGAGGCAAUAGCAUUGUUAGGUGUCUUCCGUCUCGUGCAGUACUUGGCCCAAGAUCAUUUACUUGGAAAACAGCACACCUUCAAAUUUGUUGUAGAUGCUGGCACCGGGACAACAGCAGUUGGUUUAGCUCUUGCAGCUAAAUGUUUAGGGCUCUUAUGGGAUGUAACUGCAGUAAUGCUGGCUGAUAACGUCGAAGGCUACAGACAACAUGAAAAGCGCUUGAUUUCUGAUUUUAAGAGGCAAUUUUGUUCUCCUUAUAUCAACCACAAGCUGAAUGAAGUAAAUAGUGAUCUUGUAUGCUGGGUAGAAAGGCAGCGCCCAAGAAAAUUUGGCAAUGUACUUGAAGGUGAAAUAGAGGCGUGCCAACAGAUAUCGCAGCAAACCGGUAUUCUAGUGGAUCCAAUUUAUACUUUAGCUGCGUGGGAAACAGCAAGUCUCCUUAGUCAAACAAACUCAGAAAAUGAUACCAACAUUUUGAUGCUUCACACCGGGGGCACUCUAGGCAUGUUUGGUUUAGCACAGAGGUGCAAAUCUUACUUCCAUAAACUGAAGCAUACCUAUUCGGUUCCUGUCAAAUAAAUGUUCCAUAAAUAUCUGGACUGAAGUAAAAAGGGUCUGGUUCGUGGUGCAUGAAGCUUAUACUUAUCCUCUUUGUGAUCUGUGAAUGCCUGUUCCCAUUCAUUACACGCCCGCCCACCUGGCUUUAAGUGUGGCUACUUGUUAUUUCUUCAUUAUGAUGCAUGCUUUUGUAAUAUAAAUUUUAUCUUAAAAUGUUAUUUCUGUUUACCAAAUUAAUUUUUAAGCACUCUCGAGCUGCUCUUAUUGUUUUACUAUUCCCUUCAGGUAUAUGACAUAUCUUGAUGAUAAA